CGAUGCAUCAGCUUGUACUUCCGGGGUCACGCACCUACUAUUCACGUGUGUGGUUGAAAAACAAGCUGUUGAGAUAAAAGUAACGAACUUAGUUGGCUUCCAUCUUUUAAAGCUAAAGAAGGGGAUGGAGCUUCGCCUGGAUGAGGAAUGUGUUAGUAGAAUUUUCUAAAACGAAGGAACAACUAACCAACUAGCAAGAUAUUGUGGUGUUUUGGCUAGCUAGGUUUCCGCCAUGGCUCUUUACAUAAAAGCUGCUGAGAUCCUGGAGAAAGCCGAGAAGAAACAGGGCGCUUUGAAAACGUUGGUUUAUGAAAGUAACUUUAAGAACAUCAAACAGCUGUUUGCUUUGGUUUGUGAGACGCAGAAGUUUUCUUCCAUCCUGCAGGAGAUUAUUGAGUCCACCAAACUGCUCAAGCACACAAAGCUGAAGAUGCACAUGGCUAAGGUGCUGGCCUACGACAUGUUGAUGGGCCAGGGGGUGAAGUGCGGAGGUUCUUGGAAAGCAAUGAUGAUGAAACAUCGUCCAAGGCUGCAGGCAGAGUUGGCUCGCAUGAAGGUGAAACGGAAAGUCAGCAGAAAUGAAGACCUUCUCCCAGCCAGCGCUCAGCAGUCCGCAAAGGACCAGUUGCCCAGGUAUGUGCGAGUGAACACUCUGAAGACCACUGUGGAGGAUGUUGUGGACUACUUCAAAAGGGACGGCUUCUCCUACCAGGGACAAGCCCUCAGGUUGGAUGAUUUAAGUAUGAAAAAGAAGGACUUUGUGGGGGAUCUGCACCUACCAGAACUGUUGGUUUUUUCCCCUAAAGCAGACUUCCAUGACCACUUUCUGUAUAAAGCAGGUCACAUCAUUCUGCAGGACAAAGCCAGUUGCCUUCCUGCCUAUCUCCUCAACCCUCCACCUGGUAGUCAUGUCAUUGAUGCUUGUGCAGCUCCUGGCAACAAAACAAGCCACCUGGCAGCCAUCAUGAAGAACAAAGGCAGGCUGUUUGCCUUUGAUUUGGAUGCCAAGCGUUUGGCUACCAUGUCGACUCUGCUGCUCAGAGCAGGGGUUUUGUGUCAGCAGCUGGCCAACCAAGACUUUCUGAAGGUGGACCCUGUCAGCCCACAGUAUAAAGAUGUUGAAUAUAUCCUCUUGGAUCCCUCCUGCAGUGGAUCAGGUAUGGUGUGCCUGCGGGACAACACCUCUGCUGACCAGGAGAAGGACCAGGCUCGUCUAGCGUCCUUGGCCUCCUUCCAGCUGCGCUGCCUGAACCAUGGCCUCAGGUUCCCUCGCCUGAAGCGUCUCGUCUACUCCACCUGCUCCAUCCAUAGCCAGGAAAACGAGGAAGUCAUAACUGCCUGUCUGCAGCAGAACCCCAGUUUUAGGUUGGUUCCUCUUCUUCCUCAGUGGCCUGAACGUGGUCGGGAGCCGCUCUCAAAGUGUUUGCGUGCUAGCACCACCAACACCCGUACGCAUGGCUUCUUCGUUGCUCUGCUGGAAAAAUGCAGUGAAGUUGGGAGUUCAAUGCAGGACCCUGUUGUGCAGAUAAGUGAAGUCGGGGCAACACUUCCUGCUCUCCUUGCCAUUGAGAAGAGACCUGCAGCUUCAGAAGAAGAAUCUGACGCCUCAGAUACAGAGGACAGACUGACACCUGCAGCAGGACAGACAAACAGUGCACCCAGCAAAAAGAAGAGGAGGAAGAGAAAGAAAAAGAAGAAGGCAGCAACAGCAGAGUGAAAUUUAAGAUCAGACUGUAGCAGCAUGUUGAAAUGAGUGAAUGUGCUGCUGUUUUCUAACAGAGAUAGAUGGAAUAUAAAUGAGAAGUAAAAAUACUCGAUUACCACUCACAUUUCUGUGCCUAGUUUUUGU